CUCAUACCGUUUACUUCUGAUUCUAUCAACAAAACAACAAAUAUGGCGUCUGUCAUGAUGGAGCCGAAGUUCGGAAGUGUUGUCGAAAAUUUUAAGAAUGAAAAUGAAGGGUAUAAAUGUGGCUACUGCAAAUCCAAAUCUUCAAAUUACAGCCAUGGUAUGUGGGCCCAUCAACUCACCGUUCAUGAUUAUCAGGAUUUGAUAGACCGAGGCUGGAGACGUAGUGGCUACUACUGUUACAAACCUACAAUGCACAAAAUUUGUUGUCCCAUGUACACCAUCAAGUGUCAAGCAAUUGACUUCAAAAUAACUAAAUCCCAGAAGAAAGUUAUCAAGCGGGUUAAUCGCUUUAUUGACCUUGGUGAACGUGUUAAAUCAAAACUAACUGGAGAUGACUCAAAUACGUGUGUCUUUCAAGAAGCAAGUAGUGAAGGAAAUCCUGAUUGGAUGGCAGCACAGCAGACUAGCCAUGUUGCAAGUGUCAACAAGGAAAAGUUUGCUCAACUUAAAUCUUCUCUCCAAGAGCUUAAAGGAGAUUACUCUGGUGCAUCAAGAGAGACAGAUACAGAAGUUAUAACCGAAUCUUCGGAUUGUUUGAAACAAGAAGUAAAGCUGCAAGACAUUGUAGAAGAAAAUCCCGCCACAGGGACUAGGUCUCUCAAACCUGGUAAUGGUCCAGAUAAAGAUAAGCCCCCUUGUAAAAAAGCAAAAUUACUGAGGCUUGAAAGAAGAAAACAAAAGCUAGAAAGUAAAGGAUUACCUUUGGAAACAUCUGCUCAGAAACAAGACAUUAACCCUAAGAAAUUAGAAGAUUUUUUGUAUCAAAAGAUGCCUCCCAACCCUGCUCAUAGAUUACAGGUACGACUUGUGAGAUCGCAGCCACCAAGUGCAGAAUUCAAGAACUCAUUUGUGGAGUCGUUAAAUGUGUAUCGUCGAUACCAAAUGGCAAUUCAUCGAGAUCCAGAAACAAAAUGCUCUGAAUCACAGUACAAGAGAUUCCUAGUCAAAUCACCUCUUGAGCUCAAGUUGGUGAGAGCGGACGAAUUGGCAUCAGUUGAUCAGACGUGGAUGUGGAACCUCUUCGUUAAAUACCAGAAGAAAAUCCACAAAGAGCGGGACGAUGAGUGUGACCGUGAAACUUUCCAACACUUCCUUGUGGACACGCCAUUAAAGGCUUGGCGCCCAGCCGAUGGGUCUGGCCCUCCUCAAGGAUAUGGUUCUUUUCAUCAACAAUACUGGUUGGAUGAGAAGCUUGUUGCUGUGGGAGUAAUAGAUAUUCUCCCUCGAUGUGUGUCCUCUGUUUACUUUUAUUAUGACCCAGACUUCUCUGAUCUCACGCUGGGAACAUAUGGAUCUCUAAGAGAGGUAGCAUUUGUUCGAACACUACACUCAAAUGCCCCAGAACUCAAGUGGUAUUAUAUGGGCUUUUAUAUUCACUCCUGUCCAAAAAUGCGCUACAAGGCCGGACUGUCUCCUUCUAUGUUACUCUGCCCAGAAACCUACACAUGGCAUCCCAUUGAAGAAUGCUUACCCUUGCUGGAUAAAAAAAAAUAUUCUCGUUUGGAACCAAAUCCUAGUGUAGUAGAUGGUAAUGCCUUUGAUAACAUUAAUGAAUUGGUUGUCUUUUAUGAUCUUCGACCAAUGUAUUAUAGUCGAUAUCGGGAACUGAGAGGAGGUAGUAAUGACUUAGAGGAUGAGGAAGUGCUACAUUAUGCCCAAUUGGUGGGAAGAACUUGUGCAAAGCGAGUGCUUUUGUUAAGGUGAUUUGUUAACCCUUUUUUGUGUGUGCUGUAUUUUGAUGAUCAGGGAUCAGUUUUUACAAACUCUCAUCUGGGUUCAAUGUUAAUUAAUAUUUUUGCAAAGUAGUUUAUUUCACCUAUUUUUGUUCAAUCAGUUAACUGCGACUUGUUUUCUCAUACAUAUCUAGUUGUGAAUACUUCGCUUUAGAUAUGCAUUUGUUCCAUAACAUAAAGUAUUGAUUGUGAAGAUACUUUUGUGAUAAAUUCUCUUCACCUGUAUUAAGGUUUGUAAAUCUGACAUCUGAAAUGUAAUAAGCAGGUAGGUGUGUGAAUGUAUUUUGAGUGUAUUAUAGUUGCCUCAUUUUCACUCUUCUACAGUAGUUAACAAAAAUAUACUGUAUCUGUUUUUGUGUCUUGUGUUCUACGUACUAAAUGUGAGAGGAAAUCCAAUGUUCUACUUUUCAGUGAGUUAGUAUCUCUGUGCCUAUGCCUUCCCAAAUUAACACUUUUCUUUAGCAUAUGCACAAAAGUUUAGGUAGGGGGAAAUUCUAUUGAAUUCACAUUAUAAUUAGAAGUUGUGAGUGUAUGAAUUGAUUUAAUCAAUGCUAGUCAUGUGAAGUUUCCUCAGUUGAGAAAUCUGUUUCUUUGGGCCUUUUGUUAUCUGUAUGCAAUUAAUUUCUCAGAAAUAAUUUUAUUUCUGGUGUUAUUUAUUUUAGGAAGUCAUCAUGCCUUUGGUUCUAAAACACUAAUCAUAACUGUUUGUUCAUGAUUUAUUACUGUUAUUUUUAAAAAAAAUAUAUCACAAAGAUUAAAGAUAACCUCCAUUUAUUUAUA